UUUAAGAUGUUUGUUUUAUGGAUUUCCCUAAACAGAGUGGCGGUCUUAUUAGUUAUUACUGUGUAAAAUUCUCAAAGACAACUCUUAGGUUCAAUUAGAAAUAAUGGCACAAAGUUCUGUUUCCGUGCGAGAUUACACUAGUAAUUCUAACGACAAUAGUUUGUCCACUAAAGAGUUUCUACAAAAUGAACAAUCAUGUGAGAAGUUUAAAGACAGUGACGAAGAAAUCAAGAUGAUAUUGACUGAAAUUAACAAGCUUUCUGGUGGCAACAACAACAGUCUGCUAGCUGGUGACACGGACGAUGUUGAUGUGAUACUCAAGAGAGCGGAAAAUAUUGCUUUUGAAACAGAGAACUUAUUGAAAAGUAGUCCUAUAGCAUCUGUUCUAAACAUAGCUCCAGAAACUAGUAACAAUAAAGUACCAGAAAUUAAAGUUACUAAACCAGCAGAUAAUGAUAAUAAGAUCGAAAAUAAAACUCCUGUGCACAAGGUGAUCAAGCAGAGUGGUAAAGACAACGAAAUACGACGUAAACCCAAAGCGAGGCCUUAUUCAGCCGGUGUCAUCGAUUCCAAGAAAAGAGAGUCCGCGAAAGUCGCCAGGUUCGUCACAAAUUCACCAAAACGUGCCGUAACUUGCAAACACGAACCUUUAAUUGAAGAACUUAAAGACACCACCGAAAGAGCCAAAAGUCUAGAGCUUGCCAACGUACAAUUGACAGACGACAAUAAAGUUUUAAGAAAGCAAUUACAAAAAGUCAACGAAGAGAAACAUGUUGCUGAUCUCAAGUUGGUAGAAUGCGAAAAGUUUAUCGGACGCAUAGGAAAAGAAUAUGAAAAUAGAAACGCCGAAUUAAAAGCGGUGAGACAAAAUGAGAGUAGAUUAAUGGCAGAACUGCAGAAGGAACGUAAUGAGAGGAAGAAUUUAGCGCUACAACGCGACAAGGACUCUGCUAUCACUCAAGAUUUGCAGAGGCAAGUCAAAGAAAUGGAGAUGAUUUUGAGGAGGAAACAUCCGGACUCAGUUUCAGCGUUAAUAGUUGCUGCAAAAUCGUCUACUGUUGAGGACAAUAAGAAAAAGUUAUUAGAGGAUCGUAUCGCGCGUUUGGAACAAGAACUAAAAGACAAAGAGACCCAUUUCCAGGGAAUUCUGCUGACCCUCCAAGAAAAGUUUGGUGACAUGAAACAAAAGUAUGAGAACCACAUAAUAGACGUAGAACGUCAGUUAAUGGAAGACCGAAAAGUGAACACUGAUUUAAAAAAUAAAUUGAAUAAGCUUAAUUUGGUGGAUACAGCUUCCCAAACUGCACCAAGGGGUCAGCAUUCUGUAAGUACGCAGACGGUUCUUAAACUUGACAGGGCGUCUUCUGCCGUGAGCAGGAUGACGCAAAAUUCUGCGCUUCUUAUAAACAAACUGAAGGAAGACAGUUAUCUGUGCGCUACUAUAAAGGGUCUGCAGGCGGAACUGACAGCCAAACAACGAACUAUUGCCAAAAUAAAUCGAGAAACCGAGGAGCUGAGGAAGAAUUUACGUAGUUUGCAGAAGGAAAAAGAAGUCCUGCUCCAUUUGAAUCCUCAAAAGAAACCAGGCUAUAGACCAAGCGCCAAAUCAGCCGAGAACAUUCUAGUCAAAGUGACCACAGAGAUGGAAGCCGAACUGUCAGAGAGUAAGAAGCAUCAGGAAGUGCUGAUGCAAGAAAGAAGCAGCUUGCUUGACUCGCUCAAACGGACCAAUGAGGAGUUCAUACUGCUUAAGAAGAAAAGGAUUCAGGAUCUCCACACCCUUCAACUGGCCCACGAAAAAGAGCUGAUGCAGAUGAACAUGCAAGUAUAUCCUCUGCAGGAAGAAAUCAAGCUUCUAACCAGGACCGUGGAAAUACUCCAAGAGCGUGUGAGGGCUGCCGACGACAAGCUCGUGAAGUACCAGGCCAGUGCUAAAGAGUAUGACGUACAUGCGGGCGGUGACAACCCUAAUUUUAGAAAUAGAAAAGAUACUGGGCGUUGAUUUAGUUUUUUAUUGAGAUUGAUUGAUUGUAGAGUUGCGGUAAAAGAGGUAACCGUGCGCGUUGGAUGGUCUGCCAUCUUGUGGCCUGAAUCGGAAACAUAUGUACACAUAUACAUUAUACAUUGCCAAAGCAAGUGCUACCAUCUACCGUUCUCGUCGGUACGUUUCCUUGUGCACAGUAGGUUCUUCCAUCUUGUGGGCUACAUCGAAAGCAUAAACGACACAUUUACGCCUCGCGCCAAAAAUCUGACGGCUCAUAUGCUGCGCCCUAUAGUUAAUGCACGGGGCCUAUACCUCUUUUUCACUGUAAGCUCGUUGGGGUUCAAAGGAUUGAAACGGUUAAGUACGUAUUUUUCGUGUUGUGUUAGUUGAUAUUGCUUUUGAUUGGUGUUUAUACAUUGAAUUCAUAGCACAAGUCCUAUGUUAAUUUACAUUGUUAAGCUAGAAUUAAGUUAUUAAUUAUAUUCAUUAAUAGCUUGGGACCAUUGUCAAUGUUUUGGAACGCAAAUCAAACAAAAUAGAGAAGAAAAAUAAUUAUGAA